CAAGCCCAUGCAGACCCAAUCCGAUGAAAUCACAAAAGUCCACGACAUCCAUCCCCUUUUCUUUUGCAAAUCAAGUGAAACCUUUUUACAGUUAACAAAGUCAAAACAAACCCCUUCCAAACAGUUUACUCUUAACUCUAGCAAUCUUCUUUUUCUUCUUCAACUUCAUUGAUUCAUUCUGUAAACUUCUUUUUUUUUUCCUUAACUCAAAAAUGCAAGAUCCAUCAUAUCCAAAUGCUGUUAAGUUGCCUAAUCAACUAACCUCGUUCACAGCUGCAUUCCGUCCAUCUCACCACCGAAGAGCUCACUCGGAGGUGAACUUCCGGUUGCCGGAGGAUCUAGAUCUGGUGUCCGACCCAUUCGAUGCUCCGGCAGGAAGUUUCGAGGAGAUCGGGUCAGAGGAUGAUUUCUUCUCUACUUACAUGGACAUUGAGAAGCUUGGCGGUGGAUCUAACCCAACCGAUAUCGAUGCUGCUGUUCGAAUGGGAGCUGAGAGUAGUGAUGGAGAAAAGAGCAUGAUGAGGCCACGUCAUAGGCAUAGUAAUUCUGUCGAUAGCUCAAGCUUGUUGAUGACUGAAAGCAUUGAAGCUAAGAAAGCUAUGGCUCCUGAUAAGUUGGCUGAGCUAUGGACCAUUGAUCCCAAACGUGCCAAAAGGAUUUUGGCGAAUCGGCAGUCUGCUGCUCGUUCUAAAGAGAGAAAGGCCCGUUAUAUAUCUGAACUUGAGAGAAAAGUUCAGACCCUUCAAGCAGAAGCGACCACUCUUUCUACACAGUUGACCCUUUUCCAGAGGGAUACAACUGGGCUUACUAAUGAGAAUACAGAGCUUAAGCUCCGGUUGCAAGCUAUGGAACAACAAGCUCAAUUACGUGAUGCUCUGAACGAAGCACUGAAACAGGAAGUUGAAAGACUCAAAAUAGCUACAGGGCAGAUAUCAGCUUCCUCAGAUGCAUACAAUUCAGGAAUGCAGCAAAUUCAACAUAACCGACCAGCAUUCUUUCCUCAUCAACCGCAGUCAGGGCCAAGCGAAUCACAGAAUAUACUGAUGCCGCAGUUUCACCACCUCCAGGGAAGCAUGUCUAAUCCCCGUCAUCCUCUACUUGCUGGCCAUGCACAGGCUCUGGCAGACGCAAUGCAACAAGAUCCCCUCGGUCGCUUUCAGGGUCUUGAUAUCAGUAGCAGGGGUUCUCAUCUUGUAAAGAGUGAAGCCCCCUCCAUUUCUGCCAGUGAAAGCAGCAGUACAUUCUAAUUGAGUUGUCAAUUUGUGCAUUGCCCUCCCAACCCUAUUUAUUAAACUGUCCAUAGACUGACAUGUAUUUAACAUCAGGAACCUCAUUAUUCUUAAAUUUUUUUGAGUAGUUAUUUGUCCCAUUAGACUCGAGUCUAGGUUUAACAGGUCAUGAGAUAUUUCUGUUUCUGUUUCUGUUUCCUUUCGUAAUCUGAACCAGACCUUGUAAUGCUUAGAGGAAGGUUGUCCACUGUCACCCCUACUCGAUGGCUAUAGAGUCUGGUGUGAGGUCUUGUAGUGUCAUCGACUUUGUGUUGUUGCAUUCUUUAGUGUGUGAACUGAACUAUUUCACUCUAGUUUUGAGUAACUAAUGUAUGGCUCCAUAAGUAGUACUAAUAAUUCAUUGUAAACUUCCCCUGUUGCUUACC